AUGCCAAAACUAACCGAAAGCCCAAAACUCACAAACACUUCUAUAUAAUUCAGCUCUUUCCUCAAAUAUGUUUUUAAAAUAUUAAAUUUACAAUAAAAGAUUGAAAUAGCAUAGCUAAAGCAUAUUGCACAACAAAUGGAAUUUUUUAACAUUAAUUGCUAAAAAAAUAUUCCUUCCACCAAAAACAAGCUGAUUUUAUACAUUUAAGAGUAUAUUUCCCACCAAUAUACUCUAAAAUCUUAAUACAUAAACUUUAGAAAUAGUGGAGCUCUUUCAUUUUUAAGAAAGUUUUUUCUAAUACUUAGAAAGAAUUUCAAAGCUAUUAAAAAUAAUGCCUAAAGAAUAAUAAAUGAGAUACAAACAUAAUAGCCCAUUUGUUUGGUAAAAGGUACACUUGGAAAGUCUUUAAUGUAAUUCUGA